UGGAGCACGCCAAGAGUUGGCUCGAAGGGAAUACUUGUGUAGCACUGGAAUCGACCUGGGGUAUACUGAGCCUCUGAACGAAGGUGUUAUUAAUGCCGAUAAGAAUGCCCAACUGAGGAGGGAUCGUGAAGUCAUAAUCGUAGAACCACUUGAGAUCAAUAACGAGCCCUUAUAA